AUGACGACGGUUACAACUGUUCCAGAGUGCAAAUUCCCGCUGUCGAACUAUACUUUCGGUACAAAGGAUGCGCAGUCGGAAAGAGAUCAUUCAGUGCAAGCGCGGUUUCAACGGAUGAGAGAGGAAUAUGAAAAGGUGGGAAUGAGACGUUCUGUAGAUGCUGUAUUGAUCGUUCACGAGCACUCUCUCCCUCACAUUCUCCUGCUGCAGAUUGGUAGUACUU